AUGUAUGGUCUGGGCGUCCAGCCCUACUUCCACUCUUCAUUCAACCGCUUCGACUGUGUGGUCAUCGUGGGCAGUAUCUUCGAGGUGGUGUGGGCCCUCAUCAAACCAGGAACAUCAUUUGGGAUCAGUGUGUUACGAGCUCUGAGACUGCUCCGCAUCUUCAAGGUUACCAAAUACUGGGCUCCUCUUCGAAACCUGGUAGUUUCUCUGCUGAACUCCAUGAAGUCCAUCGUCAGUUUGCUCUUCCUCCUCUUUCUCUUCAUCGUGGUCUUUGCCUUGUUGGGGAUGCAGCUGUUUGGAGGACAAUUCAACUUUGAGGACGGGACACCAUCGACUAAUUUUGACACUUUUGCAGCAGCUAUCAUGACAGUGUUUCAGAUCCUGACAGGAGAGGACUGGAACGCGGUGAUGUAUGACGGCAUCAAGUCCCAGGGAGGAGUCAAUGACAAAGGGAUGAUCUUCUCCAUCUUCUUCAUCGUCCUCACACUAUUUGGCAACUACACACUGCUGAACGUCUUCUUGGCCAUCGCUGUCGACAAUCUGGCAAACGCUCAGGAGCUCACAAAGGACGAGGAGGAACAAGAGGAAGCAGCCAAUCAGAAAACAGCUAUGCAGAAGGCUAAAGAAGUGGCAGAAGUCAGCCCGCUCUCCGCAGCAAACCUGUCUAUUGCAGCUAAGGAGCAGCAGAAGAACCACAUCAAGGGCAACAUGUCGGUGUGGGAGCAGAGAACGAGUGAGAUCCGGCGGCAGAACCUGAUGACGAGCCGAGAGGCUCUCUACAACGAGCUGGAGCAGGAAGACUGGAAGGUCGAAGGGGAGGGAGACGAGGUACCGUAUCCACGGAAAGGACAUGGUGAUAUGAAGACCCACCUGGACAGGCCGCUGGUGGUCAACCCGCAGGACAACCGCAACAACAACACCAACAAAACACAGCCAGGUGAGCUGCCUCUGGACCUGGAGUACCAGCGACAGGACAUUGACCACAACCGUCGAGCAGCCCACCACUACCACCACCACCGUCAUCACCACCAGAGAGCUGCUGGGACGGACGUUGGUGAAGGAGUCCAGGUGGAGACCCACAUGGAGCAUGGUUUAAGCUGCACGUCUUUAGGUAAUGUUGAGAGCCAGCAGGGGGAGGAGAGGCACAGCCAUAAGAGCCAUCGGGGCCACCGGCACAGAAACCGGGAAGGCCGGGAGACUCGCAGCGUGUCUCCUCACCAUCAGAGUGCAGAGGGAGAGUGGAAGCAUGAACACAGAAGGUCCAGGCAGCACCGCAGGGCAGCCAAGGAAGGGGAGGAGGGCAGGAGACACAGGUCUAAGGGAACAGAGGGAGAAGGGGAGAAAGGCGAGGAAGGAGAGGGACGGAAGAUGAGACGGCAUCACCAAAGCAGCCAUGACAAGAGCAGAGGGCAUCGCAGCAGAAAGGAGCACCACAGCACCUGUCCCAGCCUCUCCACCACGAGGCCCAUACAGCAGUACAAUGAGGACCUGGACAACUUCCGCAACAACAGCAAGCUGGCCAUCGCCUACGAGCACCCAUACACCCUCCCGCCGGAUCACCCUGACCAUCCCGACCACGUCAACAACCUGCUUAACUGUCGUGACGCUGACACCCACACCCUGCUCCACAGCAUGGACAGCCUGAUCCUUACCAGCAUGGCCAAACCCGAUUACACUAAGAUAGACAUGCCGCCCGUCUACCCAUACCCCUCCACCAACGCCAUCCUGCAAGUAAACAAGAACGCCAACACUGACCAGAAGAAGAGCGAGGAGAAGAAAGAGGAGGAGGACGAGGGUGGAGAUGAAGACGGCCCCAAACCCAUGCCUCCUUACAGCUCCUGCUUUAUAAUGUCUACCACAAACCCGUUUCGAAAGUGCUGUCAUUACAUCCUGACUCUGAAGUAUUUUGAGUUCAGCAUCUUGUCCGUCAUCGCUAUGAGCAGCAUAGCGCUCGCUGCAGAGGACCCUGUCUGGCCUGAAUCACCUCGCAACAAUGUGCUGCGGUAUUUUGACUACGUUUUCACAGGCGUCUUCACAUUUGAAAUGUUGAUCAAGAUGGUGGUGCUUGGCUUGUUCCUCCACCAGGGCUCCUACUUUCGCGACUUGUGGAACAUUCUGGACUUUAUAGUGGUUAGUGGUGCUCUGGUGGCCUUCGCCUUCACGGGGAGCAGCAAGGGAAAAGACAUUAGCACGAUCAAGUCCCUUCGUGUGCUGAGGGUGCUGCGUCCUCUUAAGACCAUCAAACGACUCCCCAAAUUAAAGGCUGUGUUUGACUGUGUGGUCAACUCUCUGAAGAAUGUGCUGAACAUCUUGAUCGUGUACAUGCUCUUCAUGUUCAUCUUCGCUGUGGUGGCCGUGCAGCUCUUUAAGGGCAGAUUCUUCUACUGCACGGACGAAUCCAAAGAGUUUGAGCGCGACUGCAGGGGCGAGUAUUUGGAUUAUGAAAAGGAUGAGGUCAAAGCUCUGAAGCGGGAGUGGAAGAAGUACGAUUUUCACUACGACAACGUGGCUUGGGCCCUGCUCACCCUCUUCACUGUCUCCACUGGAGAGGGGUGGCCGCAGGUGUUAAAACACUCAGUGGACUCCACCUAUGAGAAUCAGGGCCCUAGCCCAGGUUACCGGAUGGAAAUGUCCAUCUUUUACGUGGUGUACUUCGUUGUCUUUCCCUUCUUCUUCGUAAACAUCUUUGUGGCCCUCAUCAUCAUCACCUUCCAGGAACAGGGGGAUAAAAUGAUGGAGGACUACAGCUUAGAAAAGAAUGAGAGGGCGUGUAUAGAUUUCGCCAUUAACGCCAGGCCUCUGACUCGCCAUAUGCCGAAGAAUAAACUUAGCUUCCAGUAUCGCAUGUGGCAGUUUGUGGUGUCCCCCCCCUUCGAGUACAGCAUCAUGGCUUUAAUCGCGCUCAACACCAUUGUCCUCAUGAUGAAGUUUGACGGUGCAUCAACUACCUAUGAUGAAGUCUUGAAGAACCUUAACAUCGUGUUUACCACAUUCUUCUUCAUGGAAUCAAUCCUGAAGAUCAUCGCUUUCGGCCCUCUGAAUUACUUCAGAGAUGCCUGGAACAUUUUUGAUUUUGUGUCCGUCCUUGGAAGUAUCACUGACAUUUUAGUGACAGAACUAGGGAACAACUUCAUCAACUUGAGCUUCCUGAGGCUGUUCAGAGCAGCUCGCCUCAUCAAGCUCCUGAGACAGGGAGAAACCAUCCGCAUCUUACUGUGGACCUUUGUCCAGUCCUUCAAGGCCCUGCCAUACGUGUGCCUGCUCAUUGCCAUGCUCUUCUUCAUCUAUGCCAUCAUCGGCAUGCAGUUGUUUGGGAAUCUGGCACUGGAUGAGGAGAGAAAGACUGCAAUCAACGAUCUCAACAACUUCAGAACCUUCAUCAUGGCCCUCAUGCUGCUGUUCAGGAGCGCUACUGGUGAGGCAUGGCAUGAUAUCAUGUUGGCCUGCCUGGGAGGUAAAAAAUGCGACCCGAUAACAGGAAACACGGAACCUGAAUGUGGCAGCACCUUCGCCUACACCUACUUUGUCUCCUUCAUCUUCCUCUGCUCUUUCCUGAUGCUGAAUCUGUUCGUGGCUGUCAUCAUGGACAACUUUGAGUACCUGACCAGAGACUCGUCGAUCCUGGGGCCGCAUCACCUGGAUGAGUAUGUAAGGAUAUGGGCCGAGUACGACCCUGCAGCCUGCCCUAAAUGGGGCAAAGGCUCAGCAGAAGUGUAA